AUGUCCUCACCGCCCCGCAAGCUUAAUAUUUGGGGGCUCCAGGUCACGGAUGCACGGCGCCCUUCGUCUCCUGCAUCUACGCUCCGCAAUCGAGAGUUACCUCCUAUGACGCGCAAGGAAAGCAGCUCUCAGAAUCCAGACGGAAGCGUAGGCAGAAAGAGGGGAAUUGGUGACGUGGAGGCUAGAGACAACACCGGUUGCCGGCGUGGGACGGGUGUUAGAGAUGUCGAGACGGCCGGCCAGGGGGGCGCGCAGACCAUUGGAAAGGCGACUGUUGCCGUCAGGAGCAACAUCGAUAGUCGUCCUACCAAGAGGAGCAAGCCCGAUGACACCCCGGGAGGAAGCAGUCUUUUACCCGCUGAGCCCAAUCACAAUAACAUUUACAACAAGCUGGUGAGUGGCUAA